CGCCUGGUUCCCUGGCACCCCCAGCACAGCUGCCCUCCCCACCCCCCAACUACCACCACACCCGUCCAUGCCCACGAGGUCUUAGCAAGAGGGGGCAUGCCAGGCAGGGUGGGGAUGGGGCCGCCCUCAUGGGGCGUUGGGGGCUGGGCGCUCUUGGAUGGAGAGGUGGGCAGGUUGCCCGAGGGGGAGUGGGCACACUGGCACCAACACCCUGCCCCAGGAGAAAGAAAGGGCUCCAGUGGCCCUGUACACCUCCUGGAAGCUGGGACUAUGCCCCCUUAACCUGGUUGGCACCAGCCUAGCUCCAGGUGUCACUCAGCCGGGUGCCAAGGUCCUGGGCGAAAUCUCCCUAGAGGGGGUCUGGGUCUUGCUCCCUCUCUUGUCCAUCCCCCUCCCCCUCCUUUAACAGCUACCCCCUUGGAAUGGGCAGCGGUGUGGCAUGAAGGAGUUAAACACCCACCCUUGCUUGAGCCUGUGAGAGCUGCGUGGUGAACCAGGCUGCGCCCGUGACCUGACAGCGGGGUCAGCCAAUCAGCACCCCCGCCACACCAGGUUGCCAAGGAGAUCGGCCCUGGGGUGGGAGAAGGAGGGAGGGCUCAGCCCAGGGAACUGGGGGGGGACAGGAGAGGGCUGAAAGGGAGUGGAAAGAGCCACAUGCCCGCCGGUGCCCUAGCGCACGCCAAUGGACAACCAGGGCGGCCCCUCCCUCUCUUCCUCCUCCCAGGGGAGUGGAAGCCUGGGGUCCCUGCUGAGCUGCCUGCUGCUGGGCCCCCCUCAGCUUCGGCGCAUUUUCUGCUUGUGCAGCCCCGGUGGCACCUGGCCCCAAGAGCCUUUCCCAGGAGAGGGCCUCCCGGACGCUCCGCUCCUGGGGGCUAGGUUGGGGGUGCCUCUAGAGGCUAGGGUGCAACCAGUGCUCCCUUACCCCCAGAAAUACAUGUGGGCAGCUGCUUGCUCAAGGCAAGGGGGCGGGGAGCCGUCCUCUGGGCUUUGCAAUCGAGGAGGUGCACAGGAGAGCUGGCCCAGAGACACAAUGCUGCUCUUGUAUCUUAAUGAGGAAACUUGGGGCCCCGCCUUAUUUCCCCCCUCCCCCAAAUAACCCAGGCCCCAUGGCUGGCCAGGGCUGGGCAGCUGCUGUGGGAGUGGCAGAGGUAACAGGCAUAAAAUAUGGAGUUGGAAGGGACCUUGGCCGGGCCUGCUGCAAGGCCUUCAUUGGCACAUGAGGGGAAUUGACAUGCCCAAGGUCACACGGGGAGGUGGUGGUGGCAAGGCUGGCACUUGUGCCCGAGCCUCCAGAGACCUGGCCCUUUUCCUGUGCCCGCGCUACAAGGCGGGGAGCACUUUCUGGGCAAGGUCGGGGAUCCCCCCUUCCCCACUGGAGAAGGUGGCCGGGAGAGUGGAAGGAGCCUGGAAUUUGGAGUGGCCCCGAGUGGGCUGGAGGCUGGACCCGAGGGGAGUCACCGUGCCUCUCUGGGCCAGUUUCAACAUUGGGAUCGUAAUCCUUAUGCAACCUGCAGCCCAGGGUUUCUGGGAGGAAAGCGCUCUGGGAACCAUAAAUAUCUGGAUAACGCAAGAUCUGGCAUACCUUUCUACCUGACUGGUGAGGAUGGGGAGCCCCGAAGAUGAUCUCAUUGGGAUUCCCUUCCCGGAUCACAGCAGCGAGCUCCUCAGCUGUCUAAAUGAGCAGCGCCAGCUGGGCCAGCUGUGUGAUCUCACCAUUCGAACCCAAGGCCUAGAGUACCGAACCCAUCGGGCUGUGCUGGCUGCCUGCAGUCACUACUUUAAGAAACUCUUCACCGAGGGGGGUGGGGGCACCGGGGCCGGCGGCGGAGCGGCCGCCUCCCCGGGGGCCGGCGUCUGUGAACUGGACUUUGUGGGGCCCGAAGCCCUGGGAGCCUUGCUGGAGUUUGCCUACACGGCCACCCUCACCACCAGCAGCGCCAACAUGCCCGCAGUCCUCCAGGCAGCCCGGCUGCUGGAGAUCCCCUGCGUCAUCGCUGCCUGUGUGGAGAUCCUGCAGGGGAGCGGGCUGGAGGCCCCCGGGCCCGACGAAGAUGACUGCGAGAGGGCCCGCCAGUACCUGGAGGCCUUCGCCACCGUGGGCUCCCGGGUGCCCAACGGCGACGACAGUCCCCUACAAGCCCCGCUCCCACCUCCCCCACCCCCCACACGGCCUGUUCCCCGACGGAGCCGAAAGCCCCGAAAAGCCUUUUUACAGACAAAGAGGCCUCAAACCAACCAUCUGGUGUCUGAUGUGGCUGCCAUGCAUCCCCCCUCCUUCACCUACCCAGAUGAGGAAGAGGCAGCGAGUGCAAUCGGGGUAGGCGAUGGCUACAGCCCCCCUGGUGGGGCCAGGUCACCCCCGGAGGGGCACCUGGGCUAUGAAGGCUACGAGGGGGAGGAAGAAGAGGAAGAUCUCGUGUACCCGCCCGCCUACGGGCUGCCUCAGAGUGGGGCCCCCCCUCUGUCCCCAGAAGAGUUGGGCUCCGACGAGGACGCCAUUGACCCUGACCUGAUGGCCUAUCUGAGCUCCCUGAAUCACGAAGCCCUCACACCGGGGAUGGAUGGCCAGGACAAGCUGGUACGCAAGCGUCGCUCCCAGAUGCCCCAAGAGUGCCCGGUGUGCCACAAGAUCAUUCACGGGGCGGGCAAGCUGCCCCGACACAUGCGCACCCACACUGGUGAGAAGCCUUUUGCCUGCGAGGUCUGCGGCGUCAGGUUCACCAGGAAUGACAAGCUGAAGAUCCACAUGAGAAAGCACACUGGCGAGCGGCCAUACUCGUGCCCACACUGCCCGGCGCGCUUCCUCCACAGCUAUGACCUCAAGAACCACAUGCACCUGCACACAGGCGACCGGCCUUUUGAAUGCCACCUGUGCCACAAGGCCUUCGCCAAGGAGGACCACCUGCAGCGCCACCUGAAGGGCCAGAACUGCCUGGAGGUCCGGACCCGCCGAAGAAGGAAAGAUGAUGCGCCCCCCCACUAUCCCCCACCCCAGGCGCCCACCCCAGCUGGGCCUGGCCUUGACCUUUCCAACGGGCACCUGGAUGACUUCCGCCUCUCUCUGGCCCGUUUCUGGGAGCAGCCAGUCAGGGCUGGGCCUCCUCCCCCACCCCUGGGUCCUCCUGAGGAGGAGGAGGAGGAGGGGGCACCAACCACACCCCAAGCCGAGGGUGCCAUGGAGUCUUCUUAAAUGGGAAAAGGAGCUGGACAAGGGUGGAGUCGCAGGGUGGGCACCAAUGCCAAGGAAUACGAGGGCUCUGGAGCACACAGACUGUACUGCAGAUGGGGGGAACCUCUCCUCCUGGCUACCAGACUCCGCUCCUCCCUCGUGUGUACCCUGGCGGCUCUGGGCUAGUCCCACAUACAGGGAAAAAGUUUGGGCUCUCCCCCAGACUGGGGCAGACUGCCUCCCACCAAGGGGUGAUAAAUAUAUAUAUAUAUAAAAUAUAUGUUGUGUGUGUGUAUAUAUAUGUGUGUGUGAGUGCACACACAUAUAUAUACACACACAUACACACAGCUCUAUUGUAAAGGUGGGGUUCCCCCCUCCCCAAACCCUGGCUCUUCCCAGGGAUCUAGAAGCAAUAAUAUAUUUGAUUUGUAGGGGGUGGGGUUCCCUUUUCGGCUAUGCGGGUUUUUAGGGGGUGAGGGGUACGGGACCAAAUCCCUGCCCCACCCACCCUAGGGGUAGGGCUGUGUGUAUGGGGUGGGGGAAGCUGCCCCUCCUUUCCCGACCCCUCCUUCCUGGUUUCUGUUCCCCUUUUCCUGGCAGUGGAUUAUGCAAAAGUUGGGGGGGGAUCGCGGUGACGAAUAGACCAUGGAAGUGGAGGAGUUGAGUGGGAGAUUGCAGGGAAGGAAAGACUGGGGGGCCGGCAGGAGUGGGAAACUGGGGCAGAAGGGAAGGCGGCUCCUCGCUGCCCCUCCGCCCAGUUCCCAGCGCUGAGUCACGGGGUCCGAGGAGCAAGCAGGGGGCGGGGUGCCCAGAUCUUCUCGCCCGCCCCCGGGGGCAGCAGGAGGAGCCCCACCCGCUCCCCUCCCCUCCCGCGUCCCCAGGCAGGGAAUGUCUUGUUCCCGCCGCUCCCAGCCCGGGGCCAGAGGGCUGGGCGGGCCGGGCUGCGUCCCAUCCUAGCCCUGCCCUCCCUUCCCCUGCUCUCUCCCCUCCCCGCCCAGGUGCGAGUCGGGCCGCUGCCGCUGCCGCCACUGCUGCUGCCGCCGGUGCAGCCGCCGCCGCGCCCCUGACUCACGCCGCCCCCGGGCUGGCGCUGCAGCUGCUGCCGUUGCCGCUGCUGCUGCUGCUGCCGCCGCUCGGGCUGGGGGGGAGGUGUGUGUAUGUGGGUAAGACUAGACUUACUAGGAGCGUCCUUGCGGUUGCCACCUGGCGGCAAGCUGGUGAAAGAACAACCGAAAGAGCGAGCGAGCGCCCCUCGCGGCUGCUUUGGCCGAGUAGAUUCCACCAUCCCAACCACCGCUGCCUGGGGGCGAGCGCCCCCUCGCGCCGGUGGCGGAGAAAUGGCUUGAAUACGCUGCAGUCCUUGUUUGUGUCCCAAUCCUUGGGGGCUUCUCCUGUGUUGGGUAGGGAGUCUCUUCCCGCCUUCCCCAUCACCUCCCAACUCCCUUAGGAUCCAAUCCACCCAUCCUUCUGUACAUAGCAUCUUCUGUUGGUCUUGUUGAAAUCUAGUUUGAAAAUUUUAAUUCCCUCUUGAUUUCCUGGGGGGGAUGGGAGGGUGCUGGGGGCUCUCCAGCCUUCUUCCUUGCUGGGUGCUGGACCCCCAUUGUGGCCUGGGCUCUGCUGAUUGGGCUGGUAAGGGGGGAUUCCUCCCUCCCCCACCCCAAUUCUGCCUUGCACUAUUCCCCCUCCCUGGCCUAGUGGCCCCUAUCCCUCCCGGGGAGGGGGGCAGGUUCAGGGGCCGGUGCUGUCUUCCCUUCCCUACCCCUCUUUCUAUGCCCCAUGCCCAUUUGCACAGCUGCUCAGGCCUCUCCCCCCCCCAGGCUAGGGGGGUCAGGGGAGGGGGUAGCGGGACCAGUCCCUGUAUCUAUUUAAGGCGUGAUGAUGUAAUAUAUUGGGGGGGUUGGGUGCCCCGGGCCCCAUCUUAGCAUUUCAGGUGGUGGGGGGCCCAGGGCUGGGGGGAGGGGGGCUGGGGACACUUUGGCCUCCCCUGCCCCUUCCCUUGACUUUUCCAGUCAGUGCCUUAGGGUUGGGUGAGGGGCGCUUCCCCCUCCCCUGCCCCAUUCCCUUUCCCUCCCCUCGGGUGUAAGCAACAGAAAGAAAAUAAUAAUUUAAGAUUCGCAAA